AUGAAGGUAAUCGGAAUUUUAGCCGUUACUCUUACAGCUCUUGUUACUCUUUCUUCAUCUCAAUCUCCUGAAGUCCAAAGUAAAAAUGCUGACUUGGCAGAAGAAUUACAAAAUAAAUUCGACAGCUUAACUAAGGAUUCAGAAUGUGAAGAAGACAAUGUUGCCUGUAUUGGAGGAGAUUUUGCUAAAUGUCAUAAAGUAAUAGAAAAUGGAAAUCUUGUUAAUAAAUUUUCUAUUCAACCUUGUGGUGGAGGUUUAAAAUGUUUUGUACUCCCUUUGGUAUUGAAGCCUGGAACAUCCGUCACUUGUACAAACGAGGAAGAUCGUAAUAGACGAUUGGAUGUGGCGCGUGGUAAAUUUAGCGCAACUGGUAAAUCAGAUCCAUUCGUUCCGCCACCACCACCAAAUGCAUGUAACGAAGGAGUGGGUAAAGCAGAGCUUAGAAAAAUAAAUGCUGAUAAUGCAGAGGCAUUAACAGCGAAAUUCUCAACCUUUACACCUGCUCAAGCAUGUCAAGUUAAUGAAAUUGCUUGCAUUGGUGACGUUUUUGCUAAAUGCGCUACUGUACUUAAAGAUGGAAAAUUUGUUAAUGAAUUUCAACUUCAAGCUUGUGGUGGUGGAUUGAUAUGUAUUGUCGCACCUUUGGUAAAUAAAUGCGGUACUAGUAUUACUUGUUCAACUGAAGAAGAUCGCAUAAGUCGUCUUGACCAAGCACGCAAAAAUCUAUAA